AUGGGCAUAGGAGGAGCUAUGGUGUUCAGUUCAGUUCAUACAAAGGCAAAGAGAUCAAUAUGUGGUCAACACAUGUUGAUCUUUUCCAUACUCAUGGGGAGCCAUACAAGGCAUCACACAAAAGUCCUCAAGUCUUUUGUGGGGAUGCAUGCUAUCAUUGGGUGGUUGCGUCUCGUAUGCAUUAUGGUUUAUAGUUCAGAAUUUCUCCUAUCCUUAUUCAAGCACAGCUCUAAUGUCCCCCCUGAUGGCGUCAAUUCAAUCUGUAGUUUUAGCCUACUGCGUGGAGAGGGACUGGAAGCAAUGGAAGUUGGUACUUACGGCUUCAUAUUCGGGAAUCUUGAUCUCAGGACUUGCUCUGAUCCUAAUGACAUGGGGUGUAAAGAAGGAAGGGCCAUUCUUUGCUUCGGUUUUUCAGCCUGUGCUGCUUGUGAUGUUUGCACUUGCAGGCUGUUUCCUCCUUGA